AUGGCCUCCCCGGGAGUUGACGCAUAUUUAGCUUUUGAAGCAACAGGCUAUGUGCAUUUGAAAAAAAGCUCUUUCCACUGGCGGGUCCGAAAGCUUUUCAACUUUUGCCAUGCGGAUGCCCCCCUGUUACGGCGUGGACAGCCUGUCUCUCAGGCGCUUCAAUACCGCGCUCCGAUUCAACAUUCGUCGUGUCCUCUGACAACAACUCACAGUGGUGUCACUAAAGUGGAGCAGAGGAUGCCUCUGGCCAGCAACACG